CUGGAUGCUCUCGCGUGCUCAGUCCUUCCUCCGGCAUCGUAUCGAAUCUAUCGCUCGUGAUCCGCCACCGAAGCUCGUGAUGCGCUGACCGUGUCAUUCGGCCUUCCUCCUGCUCCGAGACGCCUCUUUUAUCCUCGAGAGUACAAUCGAGUCGUGUACUUGCGCGUGCAUCGCAAUAUUUUUACGGCACUUAACCACCAAUAUCUUCCGAAACAACGUUUUUCCUUGUUUCGCAGCGAUUUUGUUUGGAACUUGAAAUAAAAAUUUUUCACUGUCGAUAUUUAAAUCAGAGUUAUCGUAGAAUUCCGAUGGCAUCAAAACUGCUACUAUUGCUCCAUCUGCCGCAGCUAGCCGCUUAUGUUUUUACGCUCUACUAUGCGUUUGUUCUGUUGAAACUGCCAGCUUUCAAACGUCCCGGAGCGACCGGCGACUUCGAUCCUGGCCAAUUGAAGUACUUAACCAUUUGGAACGUGAUUAUCCAAGCGAUAUUCUUCCUUAUAUGCGUCGUUAAUGACUUGUAUGGCACCAACAAAGUUGCUCCGAAAUCCGUGCCUCUCAUUCGCAAGAUUAAGGAUUACUUCCAUGCCACGUACGGCUUCCCUCUCGCCAUGUUCGUGGGUGUCACGUUCUGGAGUCUCAUGUUCGUCGACCGAGAGCUCGUACUGCCGAAAGCCCUGGAUCCUUACUUUCCCUGGUGGCUGAAUCAUCUCAUGCACACUCUCAUAAUGGUAUCAACUGUUUUGGAAAUGAUUGUAGCGCCACGAAAAUAUCCCAAAAGAUCACACGGUUUCACAGGUCUGAUGGUUCUUAUGCUCGUGUAUCUAGUCUGGGUGCACAUAAUCUACAUGAAAAGCGGAAUUUGGGUGUACCCGGUGAUGGAAGUGCUGACUCUGCCACUUCGAAUAUUAUUUUUCCUAGUUCUUCUUGGAUUCAGCAGUAUGCUGUAUUUCGCGGGAGAGGCAUUUAAUCAACUCAUCUGGGGUAAAAGAUACGUAGCUGAGAGUAACGAGGAUGGUUUGAAAGCGUAAAGGUGGAUAACGUGAGAGAAAAAACAAAGGAGGAUCCGGAAGUUCCGCCGAGAUAACGAAAGUCAAGAUAACGAAAGAUAACUUCUACAAGGAUAUUCAUUGAUGUUUUAUCCCUUUUUUUUAAUUCUGAGCUCGUAUCGAAGAAAUAUGUAUGAGAAAAAGAGUAAGUUUCCGUAAGAGUUACGACUGAUCGAAGAAGCUUUUCGUGUCGUUGAUGGUCUAUUUCAGAACAUGAGAUUCUUCCCGACCGAGGCUUAUCCGAUCUACCGAUUUUAUUUAUUUAUUUUAUAAUUACAUUCCGAUUAUUGAAUACUCGUUACGAAAAUGUACAUAUCGAUGCAACAUUUUUUGUAUAUAUACUCAAAAUACUCAAGUAGAAAAACAGGUUCACUUUUGAUUGAAAAUUGACAAUAAUUUCUGUGGAUCCAAUUUGAAAACACGGACAACAAAACUGCUCAUACGUUUGCCUCAUCUUUUUGGCAUAAAUUUGAAAAAGUAUAUUUCGACGUUUUCGAAAAUCAUUAAAUUUCGUAAAACGAUUUUUCUUUUGAUCUUUGCUACUUUUUUUACUCAUUUUUUUCGACUAAUUCACAUUCACACAAAACUCCAAUGAUUCACCUCGUUCGUAAGUUUCCCUUCGUCCGAUAUUAAUCGAGAUUGAAGAAGGGGAGACAACAAUUUCGAAAUCAUUUCGUUUUAUCUUCCUGAUUGACCGAUUGGGUGCUCAUUUUCAGUGCAAUACUCGAACGCACGUUCACGCUCCACGUAUUAAUUGUAUCAGUUAUUUGCAGUUUCUUCAUUUUUCCUUGCAUCUAUUUCUUUCUUAUUUUCCUGAAUAUAUGUGAAUGUGUAAAUAUCCUAUCAUUCUGCCGCAACUUCGUUGUAUAAUAGUAAAGUGUUAAAGAGGUACGACAAUUGUAAAUAAUAACUAAUCCAAAUUCCAGUGUUUCAAAUAUUUCGUAGUUGAAAAAAAUAAGCAAAAUCUACGAAUAUAAUUGCAGUGUGAUCGAAAAAUUCUUUCAUUUUCAAUUCCAAAGUCUUCGAAAUGCUGAAAACACUUUAUAAUAUUUUGAUGAUGUCUAAGUAAAAAAAGCCAAUAAUUGAAAUGAGAAAAUUCAUUGAUAAUUGUUAUUUUUAAGAGGAUUCUUCAUUACUAUUAACAAGCAAAAACCAUUACUUUGAACACGAAAGAAAUCUACUGUAGUUACUCCUCAUUUACAAAGAUAGCAGUCGUAUCUCCUCAACAUUAUGAAUAAAUUACUGUUAGUUGUGUCGAUGUAAGUUUAGUGGUAAUUUCUUUUUGUAACUAUUUUUCGUUUGUAAGUGAUUGUGUGGCACAAAUAGCAUGAUAUUUAUCUGUAAAUUUUACAUUUUGUUGCCUUCGCUGUUGCCUCAACAUUCCGCAACGCACUUUUGUCAAACUAUCUGAAACUAUCUCUCAUUUCUCAAACUAUCUGAAAGUAAGAAAAAAAUAACGAUUCGCUAUCGUAUCGUGUAUGUACAUCAAGUUUACUACGUGUGAAUAAAUUGCCCUUUUCUUUUUUCUUUUUCGAA